CAGGCUCCAGUCUGAUAAGAAGAGGAAAAGCAUGCAGAGAUAGUCAACCUGUGGGAGUCACAGGGAAAGGCAAAAGUGCGUGCAUGUGAGCUGCUGAGGGAGAGGCAGUGAAGCAGGGGACAAGCCAGAGGCUGGAGGGGGGAGUGGUUACGCUUGCUUGUUGCCUGUAUAUAGAGAAGACCGAGACUGACAGAGCAGAUCCUGUGAGAGAGUGAGGAACAGAGAAAAGGAGGCUGACCUUUUACCUAAACUCUCUCUACCUGUGAGGGACUUCCUGAGCAGCACACCAGCAGUAAAAAAGCUGUUUCUUACUGGAUUAAAAAACCAGGAUUUCUCUCUAAACUCAAGGUUUAUCAUGAAGCUCAUCCUGUUGACUGUGACCGUGCUACUCCUGGUGGUGGGAGAAGGCACUGCAGACAGAAUCCUUUCCAGAAGGACCAAGAGGGAGCUUGCCAGUCCACUCCAUGUUGGCGGCAUCAGAGACCCGUUUGGCUCCUACUGCCAGAGACGAGGAGGCUGCUGUCCUGGCAGAGACGACCUGUGCACCGUGCCGUACCUGGACACUAUCUGCUACUGUGACCUGUUCUGCAACCGCACGGUGUCCGACUGCUGCCCCGACUUCUGGGGUCACUGUCUUGGCGUGCAGCCGCCUUUCAUUGGCACCUGUGAAAGAAAUGGAAACACGUUCUUGACGGGGCAAACAUACAAAGAAAAUUGCAAUUUAUGUACAUGUGGGACUUCUGGACGUUGGGAGUGUGAGCAGAACGCCUGUCUGAUUGAGCCGGACAUUAUCCAAGCCGUCAACAGAGGAAACUAUGGGUGGAGGGCAGCUAACUACAGUGAGUUGUAUGGCAUGACUUUAAAUGAAGGCAUCCGCUACCGACUGGGCACACAAAGACCAUCAAGAACAGUCAUGAACAUGAAUGAGAUUCAGAUGAACAUGGAUCCUCAGACUGACAAUCUGCCGCCCUACUUCAAUUCAGCAGAGAAGUGGCCGGGGAAGAUUCAUGAACCGCUUGAUCAGGGCAACUGUGCUGCUUCCUGGGCUUUCUCAACAGCAGCUGUGGCAUCAGACAGAAUCUCCAUCCAGUCCAUGGGCCACAUGACUCCUCGGCUGUCUCCCCAAAAUCUUAUUUCCUGUGACACACGCAACCAGGGAGGCUGUGGCGGAGGACGCAUAGAUGGAGCCUGGUGGUAUCUUCGGCGUAGGGGAGUUGUGACAGAAGACUGUUACCCAUAUCAACCUCCGCAGCAAACGCCGGCAGAGGUGGGUCGCUGCAUGAUGCAGAGCCGCUCAGUGGGACGGGGGAAGAGGCAAGCCACGCAGCGAUGUCCCAACACGCAAAACUACCACAACGACAUCUACCAGUCCACGCCGCCCUACAGGCUCUCAUCCAAUGAAAAGGAGAUUAUGAAGGAGAUUAUGGAUAACGGCCCCGUGCAAGCUAUUAUGGAGGUCCACGAGGACUUCUUUGUCUAUAAGACUGGGAUCUACAAACACACAGAUGUCAGUUUCACUAAACCACCGCAAUACCGCAAACAUGGCACACACUCAGUCAGGAUCACCGGGUGGGGAGAAGAGAGAAAUGUUGAUGGAACAUCAAGAAAAUAUUGGAUUGCUGCCAACUCCUGGGGAAAGAACUGGGGUGAAAACGGCUACUUCCGGAUUGCUCGUGGGGAAAACGAGUGUGAGAUUGAAACAUUUGUGAUCGGCGUGUGGGGCAGAAUCUCAAUGGAAGACAUGCACAACCACCAUCACCACCAUCACCGCAGGCACAUUUAAAGACACUGCAGAUCUUAAAACCUGUAUUAUUGUCCGAACUACAGUUGGUCUUUCUAUGCAGCUGCGUCGCAGGCCAUCGCAUCCCCUCUACUGGCCAUAAAGUGAGCCUUAGUCCUCUUUUUUUACACCUUAGUUUACUCUGGGGAUCGAUACAGAACCUUGUUCUCCACCCUCUGUAGCCUUUUAAUAGAACGACUUUGUAUCUCAAGAUUCAUGGCACCAAAAACUAAGACAAACUAAGCUAAAGUUCUUUUACUUUGCCUUGCAAUCAGGCAACUCAGGUACCUACUGCUCCAAAGACCACACAUCCCAGAAUCCCCAGUAUAAUAUCUGGUGAAGCAUUAUCAUGUCUGGUGACGAAGGAUGUGAUCUUUUUAUUCUUCAGUUUUUUAUAACUCAAAACCUGUAAUAACCAGACAGGCUUGGAAAAGAGGGAAUCUGAGAGCUAAAAUACCAGAUGUCAGACACCUUUAGAAAGACACACCCUUCUAAACCAUGUAACUCAAUAAUAUAUCACUGAUGACCUUACUGACAUUUACCUGUCAGCUAAACAGAGGCGUAGCUUGACCCGUUCUCUUGUUUUCAGAGAGGGCACUUGUAAAGAGUUAGUAGCUGGAGGCUGCAGGGUUUCUCACACAUUCCAGUAAAAAGGUAGAAUCUGACACUGGAAACACAAGGUGACUUAAAAGUGUAAGAUUACAAGGAAAGUCACAGUUACUCCUAAAACUAUGAAAUCUUUUAAAGAAAUAUCAAUGAAACAGGCACAAUCCUGGCUCCUUAGUACGCUACUAGCAAGUGCUUAAUUCAUCAUUUAUAUAUUUUUACUCCUCCUUAUUAUGCCAUUUAUAAAUACAGAUGUAUUAACACCAUGCACAGAUAUCACUGCUGGUAAUAAUCAUAAUUAUACUAAUGAUCAUAUCAUAAUAUAUCUAUUAUAUUUACUAUAUAAAUGGUGAAUCAAGCACUUUCUAAUACCUUCUUAAUCCUGAAUAGUGUGACAUUAUUAAAAAGCGUGACCAAAAUACCAAGUUUUUGAGUUUUGAGCUACUAAGUCAAACUUUGUGGAUAAUUUGUCUUUUGGGGGGUUUUUUUGUGGCAGAGAUAAAAUUAGGUUAAGCCUCUGUGACAGUUAUUAAGAUUUAAAAAGCCAUGCUGCUUUCCCCAGUCCUAAUAUUUUACUAAAUUAAAAACUGAUGUCUGCAGAGUUUAAAGAUCGUAUUGUCUUAAAAAAAAAAACAGACAGAAAAAUAAAACAGAGUUGAUCACUGCAGAAGAAAAUAGGAAGUAUGUAUAAUGUUCUUAAUGUACUCUGUUCUGUGUACACUGUUACAAUUUGAGCUAAAGAGGUUUUUAUUCUUUUGCGGCAGUUACAUUUACAUUUUUUUUAACUACUUGUUUUGCAAUGUACUGUAUGUAGAAAUUCUCUUAACCCACUCAUGACUCUGUUGCUUUUCUUCUUCUGCAUUCUUGAAACUGAACACGGCGAGUAGCUUGAGCGAUGUGCGAUAAUGCUGCUAAAGGCCAGUCUGCGCUGUGCUGUUUGUGUUUAGCUUCAUGCAUCUGAUAGGUAAUAAACAUAUAAAGCCACUUCAGAGUAACACUGUAACACAGAUUCAACAGAUGAGCUGUAUGACUUUAUGUUCUCAUUAUUUGUUGUGACUUUCUUUUUUAUUGUUUUCUGCUGGAACUGUGAGAUCAAACUGAGAUAGCUCCAUUUGAAAUAUAUGUUUUCUUUUCAGUUUCAUUGUUAUCAUAGGCUCACUUGAAAAGCAAAGCACAGCGUGUUAUUACCGCAUGCCUGAAAUUACACCCUGGUUUGCUUCAGUAACAAUUUCAAAAGGAUUUUUCAUUUUUACAUCGUCACGUCUUGUGAUCUUUAAGGCCUUUCCGUUGAUUCCUUCAGGCGUGAACUGGCGGAUGAAUAUAAAAGCAAAGAGAAAUGUCUGGAUGCUCAAGCAAUGUGCAAUGUGGUGGAGAGGGUAGAGAUUAGCAGUCGAUUGUGUGUUCCUCAUUCAUUGUUAAAAAAAACAAAAAAAAACCCCAACAAAGAAUCGUUGCUUUCUAGAAAGGAUCAAGAGACAUGAGGUGCACAGGAGGUUGACAGUAAAUAAAAAUACACCAAAAAAAGUAUGAAACUGGGCUUCUUGUCCUGGGGUGGAAGUGAUUAUGUCAUUAACACAAAGAAGGAUCAAUCAAGUCUACAUUUUUGCUUGUGGACAAAUCCUUUACAUGGGAGGAAGGAUUGAUUUAAUAAAAGCCGCUAGCUGCUAAAUUGUUAUAUAUAGGUGUGUUGCAGUCCUCGCUACCUGUCAGUAACAGGUCUCAGUGUGAAAAGGUGCAUAUCAGUGGCUUGAUUUUAAAAAACAAGCAAAAAAAGCAGAGAGAGCAGUGGAAUUUGACCAAAGCUGGAUUUUUUUUUUUUUCUUUUUCUGUUGACCAGAAACCUCCUAUCAUCAUGCUCGUUUUCCUGCAUUACGUUCACUUAGUGGUUCUUUGGAUUAGUUGUUAGCUUUAACCAAAAUGCAAUAGAUGACACUGAAUAUAUAGAAAACAUAAAAUAUUAAAAACCCUCUUAUCACAUGGAGAUGUUCAAAAAGUUAACGUUGUGAUUUUGUUGAUAUAUUAUCAAGGUUCAUAUGGGACCAAUUACAGUUGCAGAAGGUUCACUGCAAACUCCAAAUAUGUGCCACAGAAACUGAUCCUACUUUUAACCAAAAUGCUUUCUUCAAACACGAGCAGCAGACUUUCACUCAGAAAAUGUGUAUUUAGUGUAAAAUGAACCAUUUCAUAUUCACUGCUGUGUAGACUUUUAUUUAUACAAGUUGUUUAAAUUAUAUAGUUUUUUUUCUUCUUUAUUUGCCUGUGAAAUGUUUCAUUAUUUCUUUGUCUUGUGUUGUGUCCGCUAAGUGAAAUGCCACAUUAGUGUUCACUUACAUAAUAAAGUCUUUCUAAAACCA